AUGCCCGCACCGACGCUACCCUCCCUUCCUCGCUAUACGCCUGCGCCCCCUACCAAGGAGGACUUAGAAUGGGCACCACUUCCAAUUAUCGAUUUUUCCGAGGCCGGCACGCCCGAGGGCCGCUCAGCUCUUGCUUCCCAAGUGCGCGAUGCGAUGCGCACGUACGGCUUCCUGUACAUCGUCAACCACGGGUAUACCCAAGCUCAGAAUGCGCGAGUCUUUGACAUCGCCGACGCGAUGUUCACUCAGGUCCCAGAAGACGAGAAGAAGCGCCUCACCGGGGACUUUCAGAAGACGGGGUCCUACAGGGGCUACAAGCCGCGUCAGACUUGGGACAUCAGCAACGGCGUGCGCGACCAGAUCGAACAAUACAACUGUACGAGCCGCGCCCCACUGCAGCAGCACCCGCGUGCGAUUGAGCCGUUCCUACCAGAGUUGCGCGCGUUUACAGAGCACAACCAUCACAACAUCUUGCACCCCCUGCUCAGGAUGCUUGCUCAGGGAAUGGAACUGCCCGACGACACAUUCGUGAACCUGCACAACUUUGACCGCCCCGCGGACAGUUCAGCACGCGCGAUGAAAUACUAUCCCCGCUCGCAAGAGGAAGAAGUAAACACGAACAACGUAUGGAUGAAGGGCCAUACCGACAUCGGUACCAUCACCAUCCUCUGGAGCCAGCCCGUGUCCGGCCUGCAAAUCCAGUGCCCCGAUGGGCAGUGGCGCUGGGUCCGCCACAUCGAGAACGCCCUGGUCGUGAACAUCGGCGACGGCAUCGAAUUCCUCUCCGGAGGCUUCUACAAGGCGACGAUCCACCGCGUGCGCCAACCGCCGGCGGACCAAGCCGGGUGCGCGCGCCUCGGCGUGUUCUACUUUUGCAUGGCGGACGACGACGUGCCGCUUGCGCCGCGGCUCGAGAGCCCGGUGCUGCAGCGCGUGGGCGUCGUGCGGCGGUUUGAGGACACGCGCGCCCCGACGUCGCGGCAGUAUCGAACGGGGGUGACGAGCGCGUACGGGGUGUCGAAGCUGGAGAAGAGGGAGGACGGGAAUGAGGUGGAGGUGAUACACGGGGUCGUGGUGAAGCAUUACAACUGA